AUGGGGCGUGGCUGGAUAAAAGGCCUCGGAAUUGAGCUGCGCAAUGUGAUGGACGUUAAGGCUAUCACGUCGGUUGAGGGACUGGUCGCUGAGUAUGCGAGUGUUUUCGACGACGCCUUGGGAACAUUCAAGGGAGUGUCCGCGAAAAUAACCAUCGAAGACAACGCGAAGCCGCGGUUCUUCAAGGCUCGUCCUGUUCCGUUCGCAAUGAUCGACCGCAUCAACGAGGAACUGAUGCGCAUGGAACGAGUUGGAGUGCUGCGUCCAGUCAAGACUUCGGAAUGGGCUGCGCCUAUCGUGCCUAUUUUGAAGCGGAGUGGCCAGAUUCGGAUAUGUGGCGACUUCAAAGUCACUGUUAAUCCCGUGACAGUGCCUGAAAAAUACCCGAUACCACGCGUUGAAGACCUGUUUAGCCGUCUUAGCGGUGGCGAGAAGUUCAACAAAUUGGACUUGAAGGAUGCGCAUCUGCAAGUUGAACUGGGCGAGGCAUCCCGCAAGCUGGUGACUAUCAACACACCAAAAGGACUGUUUCUGCCGGGGCUGUAUGGUGUGUUGCAUCCCUUGAACGAGCUGCUUGUGGCCAAUGUGUCGUGGGAGUGGCGUGAGGACCACGAACGUGCUUUCCAAAGGAGCAAGGAGCUACUUGUUUCAGCAGCAGUGCUGGCGCAUUAUGACCCCAAGAAACCCGUGGUUCUCGAAUGCGACGCGUCACCGUACGGCGUUGGCGCCGUUCUGGCCCAUAGAGAAGACUCGGGGGCUGAACGACCAAUCGCAUUUGCAUCACGAAGUCUCGAACCAGCCGAGCGAAAUUACAGUCAUAUCGACAAGGAGGCUCUUGCGCUCAUGUUUGGCGUAACCAAGUUCCGACAAUACCUCUGGGGACGCAAGUUAGAGGCUAUUACGGACCAUAAACCAUUACUGGGCUUGCUUUCUCAGGACAAGCGCGUACCUGAGAUGUGUUCACCGCGUAUCAUGCGUUGGGCUCUGAUGCUUGGUGCGUAUAACUACAAGCUCAUGUACCGGCCGGAAGCAAGCAUUGCCAACGCGGAUGGUUUGAGUCGCCUACCACUACCAGUGUACGCUCAACCUGUGGAAAGGCCAGCGGAAGUUUUCAUGCUGGAGGCUGCUUAUCCUCGGGUGCUACGGUCAACUGUAGUCGCGGAAGCUACUUCCAAGGACCCAACCUUAGCGAAGCUACGAUAUGCCUUAUGGUCUGGAGCUGAGCUACGUGAUCCCGAGUUCAGGUUCUACGCAGAUCGAAAACUUCAGAUGAGCGUGCAAGAAGACUGUAUACUUCUCGGAUCGCGAGUGGUCAUCCCAAGUGCAUUACAGCAUGAAGUGUUGCGACUCCUUCAUGAGGGGCACCCUGGAAUGACCAAGAUGAAGGCUAUCGCCAGGAGUCACGUCUGGUGGUCUUCGUUGGACGAGGACAUUACCGCUGCAGUUCGCCAGUGUCAGGUCUGCCAAGAACACCAGAGGGUUGCGCGGCCGGUAGAGAUGACGCCAUGGCCGUUUCCGGACAGACCAUGGUCUCGCCUUCAUAUUGACUUCGCUGGACCUUUGAAGAGCCGCUACUUGCUGAUCGUUAUCGAUGCAUUUUCAAAGUGGAUAGAAGCCAUGCCUAUAUCUACACCAUCGGCAGAGGCAACGAUCCCAUGCCUGAGGGUUAUGUUUGCUACUCACGGAUUGCCAGACGUAGUGGUGUCCGACAACGGACCAGCGUUCGUGAGCGAGGAAUUCAAAAACUUCCUGCAUCGAAAUGGCAUCAAACAAGUACUGACACCUCCAUACCAUCCAGCGUCAAACGGGGCUGCAGAACGGGCAGUUGAGUGCAUCAAGUCAAAGCUAAAGAAAUCGGAUUACUCCCCACGAAAUUACCGGGUGCUCGCCAGCGGAGCUGAUCAUGGGCCGUAA